CAAUCAGUGUCACAGUGAUUUGGUGGCUAUAAAAGCCCCCCAGCGUGGGCCACCUUCACAGUUACUUUGCCCAAAAAGAACCCACAAUGAAGUACGCACCGGUGCUCCUCCUUGCUCUUGCUCUAUCCGUGCAGGCUAAUCCCUGGACGCGUAUUAUUAAUGGCCAACAGGCUACACCGGGAUCGGCACCCUAUCAUGCCCACAUCCUCAUUCGCCUCAAUCCACAGGCAACGGAGACACGUGUGGGUAGUGGAGCCCUCAUCUCCAUGACCCACACCCUCACCACGGCUCAAAAUGUUAGGCUUUUCGGACAGUGGCAGGUUGGUGUUGGUAGUGUGAACCGUGAACAGCUGCAGUGGAGCCCAUGGACUUCCCAGCACAUCAUCCACCCGCAGUUUGAUCACACAACACUCAACAACAACAUCGCCAUCAUCACGCACCAGGCCUUCCAGCCGAGUAUCAACAUUCAGGCUAUUGCCCUGCCCACUGCUGCCGACACACAGGUCCCCUUCCCCAAUGAGGAGGGUCGUUUCAACGGAUUCGGCUUCACCGGGCCCACUGGACCCUUCGCCAAUCAACUCAUGGUUGGAUUUGUGCGCACCACAACUGAGCAGGAAUGCAUCCAGACCUACCCCCACCUCGGGGCCUUCCUCAGCAACAACUUCUGUGCCCGUGAUGCCGGUCAGAGCACCUUCUGUGCUGGAGAUCAGGGAACUGCCCUCGUUGGCAUUGUUCGCUUCCAGACUGUUGCUAUCGGUUUGGCUUCCUUCACCAACACAAACUGCAAUGCUGCCCAGCCUCAGGCCUUCGUCCGCAUCUCCCCGUACAGGACAUGGAUUCAGCAGAAUUCUGGUGUCUAAAUAAAUCCACUCUAAAUGUCCACAAAUAAUACCCCUCCUCCUCCACCCACCACCUCCCCCCUCCCCCGCUCUCCCCCCCUCAAGAAUGGAUUAAAUGAACGAGGCAAUUUAGGUGUUUGUAUGCCGUUUAAAGGAAAAAGAAAUAAAAAGAAUUGUCUUUCACUUUUUAAAAUCA